CCAGCUGCUUAUCGAUCACUUGUAUACAACUUCUUUUGCAAUGUUUACAACGUAAGCAGAAAAGUCCGCGAAUAAGUCCGAGAUUAGCCUGUUUAGGAGCGAGGAACUGAAAAAUGUGGAGCGUGAGCCGCUAAAGAACGACCUUACCAACAUCCCCCGACGUCCACCCACUCCAAAGGUGAAAUGCUGCCCACAUACGAGCGUUUUAGUGAUCCCAAAAGCGUCUUUUUCCGGCUUCCCUUCGCAAGACUGGCACUGGUGGCUCUGAGUCUGCCCCUUGGAGGAUUCUUCUUCUGUGUGAUAUGGUCGCUUACCUUUGACUUCGUGAGAAGCACCUACACCCACUGCGAUGUGACCAACUAUCUGCCCUCCGUUUCCGCGGCCAUUGGGAACUAUGAGCCCCAAAAAACCGUUUGGAGAUUGGCCAUCUUCUUGCAUUUACCACUCCGUUUGGCGGUGGCCAAGAUUUAUUUGGAGCACUACCGGGAACAUAUCCGAAGGAGCCGGAGAUUGCUAGGAAUCCUGGCCUGCUUCCUGAAUGUCAUUGAGGACUUGGCUCUUUUCUGCCUCUCUUUUUGGACCUCAGCGGAUCACUAUGAAAUGCAUAGAAACGCCUUUGUAGUGUUUAUUGCCUGUUCCGAGUGCUAUAUGCUGGUCUCCUAUCUGCUGAAUAGGAAUGUCCGAAAAACCGUGCUCCUGCCGCACGAAGAAAAGUCGCUGAGAUACAAGAGGAACCUGUUUUUGGUGAAUGUGGUGGCCUUUGGAUUGGCUGGAUACUGCUUCGUCAGGCACAAUUCCCAUUGCGAGGCGGGAGUCUACACCUUUUUUGCCUUGUUCGAGUACAUCGUGGUGCUGACCAACAUGGGUUUUCACAUGACAUCUUACUGGGACUUUUACGCCCUCAACGUGGUGUGCGAUGCCAAGCACGGCCUUUACCUAUCACAAUUAUAGAUCAAUUGGAAGGUCAAUUCCAAAGCCGCCAUAACAUCCAGCCCCUCGUCCUUGAGUAUUCUGUACAUACGCGGUAUUAGCUUAAGCUCAAAGUUUACUUAAUUUUACCAAAGGAAACUGCUUCCGGGGGACUCCUACAGGAAAUUAUUCAGUAUGACAUGAUCUGAUGCAUACACACGCUUCUAGUUAAGGCUUAUUGUAAGCUUAAAAAGUUUCUGAUUGAUUUAGUUAAAUUCGAACCGAGUUCCAUCUUUAUGUAAUGCAUUAUUUAUACACGUGCUUUUAGUUAGGAUAAUGCUUAAAUUAUAUUCUUUUUAUACACACGCAAUUUUAAAUUGGCUUUUUGGUUAUAAUAUUUCCUAAGCAUAAAAUUGUAUUUAUUUUAAUUUUGGUAAACGAUAAAUUAGCAACGUUUUAAUUAAAUUGUCUUAACAAAUUUCUUAAUGAUAA